GCUCUUGCUUUCUUGGCUCCUGCGCCAGAAAGAAAACCCACCAUGCGAUUCGCCCUCGUGCUUUCCCUUCUGGGCGCCGCUUCCGUCUUGGUGACGGCCAGUCACCGGUCCGUACAGACGUCAUCCGGACUUCUCAGCGGCGUUCGCUCAAAGGUCUCCAACCUCGGUUACGUCCAUCGCUUCCUGGGCGUUCCCUACGCUCAGGCUCCGGUCGGUCAGCUCCGGUUCGCGCCUCCUGUAGCCCUGGAAGAAGACGCCGCCAGCAGACACCUGGACUCGAGUCAACAUGGACCGUCCUGCUACCAGCCACCACACCUGAAGCAACUCAUCAGCGAUCUGCUGGACACCACGUCAACGGAGAUGAGUGAGGACUGCCUCACGCUUAAUGUUUACGUUCCUGAAGUCGACGACGCUGGCCGGCUCCCCGUCAUCGUCUGGCUACCCGGCGAAGGCUUCGAUUACGCCAUGUCUCGUCACUUCGACGGGAGUUACAUGGCGUUGCAGGGGCGGGUCAUCGUGGUGACGGUCAACUAUCGAGUGUCGGCCUUCGGCUUCCUGAGCACGCUCACGCCAGACGCUCCGGGCAACGUGGGACUCCUCGAUCAGCGCAUGGCUCUCAAGUGGGUAAAGAAGAACGCCGCGCACUUUGGCGGAAAUCCCGAGAAGGUGACGCUCAUGGGUCGCUUUUCGGGAUCAAUGAGCGCGAGCAUCCACCUUGCCAGUCCCAUCAAGGAGAGGUUGUUUGAGAGGGCCGUCUUGCAGAGCGGGAUUGCGGUUGGGGACUACGUCUUCGACUUUUCGCCGCUCAACGCCACCAGGAAGCUGUCCGAGGUCGUCGGCUGCCAGAAGGACUCCAUCCCUGACAUGGUCAGUUGUUUGAAGAACGUUCGGGCUUCGGAGCUGCUAAGCAACUCGCUUCGAAUUGGACAGUCUUUCCGGCCAGUCCUUGAUGGAUCCCUGAUCGUUGAAGAGCCCAUGGAAGCUGUCAAGAAGGGUCGCCAUCAGGCUGUGGACGUCGUCAUCGGUACAAACCAACACGAAGGCUCGCUCUGUUUGCUCACGCUCCAGUACCUGAAGUCCAACUACUACGACCGCCUUCUUAAGGACAAGCUUACCACGGAUGAUCUUGAAGAAAUGAUUCGCUUCCACCUGCAAGACUUUACGAAAACUGGGGAAGACACUCUCGCCAGGGUGGUUCUUCAUGAGUACCGUUACCAACACGUCAAGGAUGGCCUGCGGUCCCAGUACCUCCAGUUUUGCGGAGACAUGUAUGUCUCCUCGCACGCCGAGCAGAUGGCCAGGCUUCUGUCCCGGCACAAGAAGGGUUCCGUCUACGUCUACCAGUUCGCGCAUCGUCCAUCGUUCUCAACGCAACCGAGCUUCGUUGGGGCUGUUCACGGCGACGACGUCCUCUUCGCCCUGGGUCUCGUUCUCAAGCAACAGGACAUCUCUAAACAGGAGGCCCUCCUCAGCAAAAAGAUGGCGCUCUCCCUGGGAAACUUCGCUCUCGAUAGUGAUCCGAGCGUGGUCGAUGACCUGGACUGGGACUUGGACUGGCCCGAAUACAACCAGGAGAGCCAGCACGUGAUGCAUUUCACCACCGGGCGCCCGAUGGCGAGGCAUUCUAAACUUGACAGGGCCACCUCCUUCUGGCACGAAAUUGUGCCCCUGGUCGAACUGAACGGCGUUGUCCCGGCCCUGCAUCAACCUGCCAUUGCUGGUCACUCCAUGGCUCUCACGUCAUCCAAGUCUUUCGUGUCUGCUAGUCGCUCCGCGUCGACGGUCAACUUGGAACAUCAAACACCGUCUGCAGGGCAGAGCGCGACAUACAUAAUCGUCGCAAUGGCAGUUUGUAAUAUCGUUUUGUUAGUGGUGGCUGCUGUGAGCAUCACCAAGUUGUGCAGGCCUGACUCGAGGUAUCACACGUUACAGAAAUUUUAAGCCGCAUCGAAAGUUAAGCGAAAACUCGUGAAAAUAAUGUACAUAGACUUUUCAUCGCAUUCUCACGUGAAAUAGUUGUCCCUCCAAAAAAAAGCAAAAAGUGAUUCAAGAGGUGUUUUACAAGGAUCCCCACGGUCAGAAACUCAAGUCGAUGUUAUUUAUGAAAAAAAAAAAACGCACUUUUCAUGCCGAUGGAGGGCUACGAUUACCGCAUUUAAUCAUCGCUGUAACGACAGCAGCAUUGUAUAUAGAUUGACAUUCAUUAGGUCAAGACAUUGUAAAUAGCACUGUAAAUAUCGAAUUGCAUGUCAUUCUACACUUAGAAAUGUUUCAUUGUCAUCGCUGUAUAUACGAAUCGUGUUCCUUCUAGUCACAGUUUGAGGGCACGAAUUCCUUACAUUGUCAACCUGAGAACAAGAAAUGAUGAUCUAACGUGGAACUCUGUGAAGUUUUCUACGCUCUUUGUACAUAUUUGCAUCGACACUCUUCAUCAAAGAUGAUAAUAAAAGCAAUCUUUUUUUACGUGAA